UCUCGGUCAUUGUAUUGGAGACCGGAAACACAACCUCUCAAACAAAACCCCCCUUUCCCUCCAGGUCUCUCUCUCUCCUAAAUUUCUUUUUCAAUUUUUUAAAACACAGAGCAUGGUUUCAUCACUACCCCCGUAUUUAUAACUCCAUGCCCACAUGGGCAAAACCAUUUGUAUGUUUUUAUAUUAGCUCAUGCCCGGAAGUUCAAGCUGUCAGCUCAUAAAACCGAGGUAUUAGAAGCUGCGUGUGUGCGUGUGCGUGGGUGAGAGUGAGAGAGAGAGAGAGAGAGAGAGAAUAGAAGUUUUCGCCAUACUGGGAUUCCAAAGCUUUGGAAAUGGUGAGAGAGUGAAUUGGGUUUCUUGCAAUAGUCAUUUGGUGUUGGAUGGAUUCACUGGGAGGUGCGUCUACAUGGAGAAAACCUAGGAAUAAAAAUUUUGACCACAGAACAGGACAACACAAAUGUACACAAAUACAAACAAAUUUUGAAAACGAUACAGCACGAGCGAAUUUCUCAAACAUGGCAUCUAGCUGGUGUAAGAUCUCCCCAAUCAUUCCCAUUUUUGUGUGUUUUCUUCUUGUUUCUUCUUCGGUUUGUCCGGUCCAUUCGUCGGAACAGAGGGAAAACCGAGCAGCCAACCAGACUUUCCGGCCGGAGGAUGAGUCACAAAAGCUCAAAAUAAUAAGAUCCCGUCUCAGAAAGAUCAACAAGCCUGCUGUCAAGACAAUUCAGAGUCCUGAUGGUGAUCACAUAGAUUGCGUUGCCUCUCAUCUGCAACCAGCUUUUGAUCAUCCUCUGCUUAAAGGGCAAAAACCACUGGAUCCACCGGAGAGACCAAACGGCCAUAACCCGACAGGCGUGGUGGAAGAAAAUUUUCAGUUAUGGAGUAUGUCUGGCGAAUCAUGUCCUGAAGGAACAAUUCCAGUAAGAAGAACGACAGAACAAGAUAUGUUAAGAGCAAACUCUGUCCGAAGAUUUGGAAGGAAACGGAGAUCAAGACAUGUUAGAAGAGACUCCAGCAGCAAUGGCCAUGAGCAUGCAGUUGGGUAUGUGAGUGGAGAUCAGUACUAUGGAGCAAAAGCAAGUAUAAACGUGUGGGCACCCCGCGUGGCUAAUCAAAAUGAAUUCAGCUUGUCUCAAAUGUGGGUCAUAUCAGGUUCUUUUGGCGAUGACCUUAACACCAUUGAAGCCGGUUGGCAGGUUAGCCCAGAGCUGUACGGGGACAACUAUCCCCGAUUCUUUACGUACUGGACUACGGACGCGUAUCAAGCAACCGGGUGUUACAAUUUGUUAUGCUCAGGCUUCGUUCAGACUAACAGUAGAAUUGCGAUUGGAGCUGCAAUCUCCCCAACAUCUUCGUAUAAAGGUGGACAGUUCGAUAUUAGCUUAUUGGUUUGGAAGGAUCCGAAGCAUGGAAAUUGGUGGCUAGAAUUCGGGUCAGGAAUUCUAGUUGGAUACUGGCCAUCUUUCCUGUUUACCCACCUUCGAGAUCAUGCAAGUAUGGUGCAAUUUGGAGGAGAAGUUGUUAAUUCAAGGCCAUCUGGUUUUCACACAUCGACACAAAUGGGUAGCGGUCAUUUUGCUGGAGAAGGGUUUGGAAAAGCAUCUUAUUUUCGAAAUUUACAAGUCGUUGAUUGGGAUAACAGCUUGGUUCCAUUAUCAAACCUAAGAGUUCUAGCCGAUCAUCCCAAUUGCUAUGACAUUCAAGGGGGAAUAAACAAUGUUUGGGGGAAUUAUUUUUACUACGGUGGACCUGGAAGAAAUGUGAGGUGUCCCUAAACUAAAGGGAUAGGCCGUACAGAUCAUCAUCAUCAUAAGGUGGGAAUUAAAGUAAUUACUUAAUUAGUUUAUGUUUUUUUUUUUUUUUUUUUUGGUUGGGUUAUUUGGGUUUCUCCUCGAGAUCAUUCGGUGAGCUUGGAGUUUAAUUACUUUGUUAAUCUAUUUAUUCUUCUUCUUUUUUUCUCUUUGACUAACAUGUCAUGAUUCAUUAAUUAAUUAUAUAUACCACCUUUAGGGACUACUUGUGUAAAUUUGGAAAAAAUAAAUAGUGAAUAUACUGUGUUUGUGAUCUUCA